AUGAGUCACAAUUCCAGCUCUCUGUCCUACAUACUCUUUGGAAGAACCGCGAAGCCCGAAAUGGAAGCUUGCAGUAUUGCAGCGGGUAUCGCUUUCAAUGUGCUGUCAUCAGGAAUCCUAUCAAAUUACCCACCACCGUCCAAUGUGACUGGUGGUAUCCUUGCAAUUGGUUCCAUGCCCGGAUUUACACCAAAAGGCACACAAGGGUCUUUACAGCUCUGUCCCAAUGACUUCUUGGAUGCCACGCCAGGCUAUCUGUAUUCAAACGGCACAUUACCUCUGAUAAAACCAGAGGCAAACGGCGACAAUCUUGCAUAUUAA